UAUAUAUACACAUACAAGGAGAGAGUAAAGAUAAAGCUAUUGAAGGGACAACAUAAGAGAAACAAAACCUCUUCCUUUUCCAUUUCUCCCUUCAUCAAGAAUCAAUGGCUUCUACUCUUACUACUACUACUCCAACAAAUGAUGGUGAUGAUCAAAGUGACACCACAUUAUCAACCCCAGUUUUCCGGCAACCGACAACGGUGACUCGACGGAGCCAAUCAUCUCUCUCUUCUUCUCCAUCUCACUCUUCCAACUCUUCCUUUGGAUCAUCACUCUCUUUCCAUGAUCUUGAUAAUAAUUCCCCUUUUAGCCCUACAACUCCUCUUCAUUUCUCUAAAGGGAUACCAUUUUCUUGGGAACAAAUUCCUGGAAUUCCAAAGCAAAAAUUUUCCAGGAAAAAUAGCACUUCUUUAGGGCAACUUCUCCCAUUGCCACCACCAGCUGGAAAUAUACCAAAUUCAUCCAAGAAAACUACUAGUUUUCUUGAUGAGUUUUCUCCAAGGAAAAGUGCUACUAAAAGCUUUAGAAAGGAUCCAUUUUUUGCUGCAUUUGUGGAGUGUUCCAAGGAUGAUCAACAAUAUCAUGAUGAUGACAUUUGGCAAAAUUCUUCAAAGGUACCAUCAAUAAGAAGUUUAAGUGAUAGAUUUGGAUUCAUUAGCAUGUAUGCUUCUUGCAAAAGCACUUGUACAGUUUCUGAAUCCAUUGUUUAUAUUCCAAGAUCAAGAAAUUAUAGUAGGAAGUAGAAGUG